AUGCAUCGCUCUUCUACUUACGAUGCCCGUUCGGGCUCGCGCACUUCCAGUCACAACAAUAGUAGUGCUUUCAGUCCCAACGCCAAUCCAAAUGAAGACUGGACCAAGAUCUCUGAUUUAGCAGAGCGUCGUCGGAUCCAAAAUCGGAUUGCUCAAAGAAAUUACCGAAAGAAGUUGAAGCGCCGCUUGGAAGAUCUAGAAAGACGUGCCGCAUCUUCAGCUUCCCCAGAACAAUCCCACGCAGAACCCGUGAUUCCCAAGAACACAAAGACUCGCCCCAAGCAACGAGGCUCGAAAUCCGGAGAAAGCAAACCAUCCCAAUCACAGAUAGAACGACCAUACGAGUUCUACAACGGGUCCGACGAGCGAGCCAUGUUCGCCCAACAAUGUACUCGUCAAUUAACAGCAUCCCCACCACCUGCCUUUUCGUACCCUCAACUCCCCGCCUAUGAUGCCUAUCGACAGUACACCCAACUUCCAGUGUACCAAUCCAUUCCAAGCGGGUAUGGCAAUCACCACCACCACCACGGUGCACACAUGUCAUAUGCCGAGUACAACGAAACGAUACCAUCUGUCGUACCCAUGGUACCAACAGCCGCAAUGGGAGCACCAAGGAAAUCUCAAUACGACGAGGACAUAAUGAGUCCAUUCAGUAUGAGUUACGCCUCUAUGGCAGGAAUCGAUCUAUGUCAACCAACGCAUGCGGAGCCGGGACUUUCGAUGCCUCCGCUUUACGGGUAUUCCGAUAGCCAGCGUGCGGUAUCAACCUCUCCUGAGGCUUCGAUCUUUACAUUUCCCCUUACCCCGGAAUCGGCUCCUUGUUCCCCGCGCUCCAUGCCGGGAUUGUAUGAAUACGAUUUACGGCCUUGA